UGGAAUGCAUGUUAUUGGUCCCUGAACAAUGCUGAUUUUACACUGUUUUCAAUGGGACUUGAAUUAGUGAACUUCACCCUUAGUAGUUUCAUUCCCAUCCCAUAUUUAGUCUCAACACGUCUUUUUUGGUGUAUUUCACAUGCACGGGGCACAAGGAAUCAGUGGUGUUUGCGCGGGAUUUUUUACUCCAGCUCGAGUGGAUUGGCGCCGAUGAUUCAACUCCCCAGCGCGUCCAGUGAAAGCCUCGUCCCCAGUGGUUACGGUAUUUCCCCCACAUAGGUUCGAAUAGGGCAGGGGGUGGGGACGUACUGCACUCACUACGGGGACGAGGUUGGUCCGGAGCCCUUGUACGGAUAAGCAUAUGUCUCUACGCAGGAUAAACUGGUUCGCGGUACUCAAUAAGCCUUUCACGCGUUAAAUGUGAAUAAAAUCUGGUACCCCGAGUUAUUUGAUUACACAAAAACAUAACUCGAAUUCCCCAGACUAAGACCCUGUUGUUAUACCUCGUGAUUCGGGGCAAGCUUGUAUUUAUAUCACCCAGUGUCCAAAGACUGUAACGAUGACCCUGCAGGCUGCAGAAUUUGUGUGGAAACGUAUCAAUUCAUGAAGGCUUCCCUCACGAAUGCAGCGUUUGUGCGCAGCAACGUCGAGUACUUCAAACUUUCUACCUGCCCUUUCGUCCCCGAAGGCCAACCAGAGCACAGGCUUUGUGUCAACCACUUCAACGAGAUAUAUGGCCAUGUUCGGCUGUUUGUAUCAAUGUACUUGGACAACACUCGUAAGUAUUGUGGAUACGUCUGCCCAUCGGCCAGAAACAGCAGCCUGCCAAGUUGCCAACCAAAAGCUGUCCAGCAGAGAGAGGGAGAUACAUGUGUGCUUAACAAAGAGGGCCCGGUGUGCGGAGUCUGCACAGGAACGGUGAUCUGGCUGAAAGAGAUGUUUCUUAACCAGCAGUUCAUUCAAAGUGCUGGCGUGUAUUUGAACGUCUACUGUGAUCUGGCUAAGUCUCCAUGUCUUCAGAAAAUCUGCCGUCGGUACGUGCGGGAAACAGAAAUGGUCUUCUUGGCAUUCGGCGCUGCCCUGGAUGCAAAGUCCGUGUGUCAGCCUAUGUGCUCUGGUUCUGCUACCGCCAGCAUUCCCAACUUGGCCAGUACAGUCGUAGACUUCCUCCGCCGUGUGACUGAAGCAAAGGAUACUGUUGGUAGUAAAUAAGACUUGAUUUUAAGGACACCUACACGGAAUUUGUUUGACGAUGACCUCAAACAAAAUGUUGGUCGAAGUCAAUCCGCCCCUUAUUUACCGGUACCCCUCCAUUUUUCGCCACUGCCUCUCAAUGGAAUUCCAAAGUGAGUUUGACUAGUUACCAGUGUUUAGGAGAAUCCCGGGACAGGAAACCUUUCUACUAUAAAUCAAGUAAUGAGACCUGAAAGUUCAGUGUGACGACGUUUUUGGAAAAGUAAUUUUGAGUCAUUUUCCAAAAGGACUGUUUUGGAAAAAGUUUUUUCGCAGUUUUUCCCAUUUAGAGGCCCCUUGGGUCAUUUUUGUUCGAGCACCCGUCAUCUGAAAAUAAAUAAUCCCGUGUAUGUAUGCCGUUAUGUCUUGAAAUACAUGAACUUCACGACAAAGAUUUCUGAGUUGCUCUAUUCGCUUUUAGUUGCAGGAAUGAGCAGUUUGUAAGGCUUAUAGACUUUAAUUGUUUACAGCUCUUACGCCUUCGCUAGGGAUUUCCUUUUUGAGCAGAAGUUAGCCCUUUUGAGAGUUUUUCUGAUUUAGGUUAAUUGUAUUACUUUAUAUUUUAAUGUAACUGCAAAUCGAAUUUCAAAAAAGAAUUUGCCUUGUUUUGCCACACUUAUGGCGUAGAACCGAGGCGCAGUUUCAAAAAGUCAACCUGUUUGAUUCAAUUAAAAGAUCUGACUCUCCUGAUACACGAUUUACAACCCUCGGAACACCAGUGUAACUUCAGGCCUACACACUUUGGUGGUUAUUACUUUAUCACAUCUUUAACCUAUGCACAAACAUUUCCCAACCGUCUCACUUUAACUUGUAAAUUCUGAUUGACCCCACGUUUGAAAAAAAGGUCAACGACUAGAGCUUUUGAACGAUAUACCUGAUCUUUUUAAAUAACAUUAAACAAGAAGAAAAAAACCGGAAAAAGAAACAUUGACGUAUACAACAGGUGUUAUUGUGCACUUCGGGCAAAGUGUUUGCCAAUUCCAGGUAAAAUUUUAGUGAACAGAUGGCUAGACGUCUAAAAUUGAUGUCAGCGUCUGGAAGCUGCAGAAGGGUCAUGCCAUAUCUAUUUUUUUCUUGAUUUUUUUUUGUUUGUUUUUAUAUUUUUGUAGAUGAAGCUUUGAAUAGUGCGCUUGCUAGUGCCAUUGAUAUAACUAAAUAAAUGCAUUACAAAGAGCAGUCAUA